CGAGAAGUGACAUGAAAGACUCCAUGCCCCAUGUGACGUUGUCUGCACUGAGUUUUUUGAGCCUGUCACGGAUUUGUUCAUCGUACCGCGUGUUCGGUUUGUUUUGUUAAUUCGAUUCGAACGCUUGUCUCGAUGGCGUCCAAGUGGCACGGUAACGACCCGGAACCACCAACCCUUUACAUUUAGUCGUUCAGGGUGUACCCCGCCUCCUGCCCGAUGACAGCUGGGAUAGGCUCCAGCACGCCCGCGACCCUAGUGAGGAGAAGCGGCUCAGAAAAUGGAUGGAUGGAUGGAUGUCUUUAACUAACAAGAAAAGUCCAGAGGCCUCGCGUACAAAAGGAUGCAUCACAGUCGCUUGGGUGCAGCUGACACAAGUGACGCCUGACGGGAGGAUUGGAAAAAAACAAAAAGCAGUCGAGCCCACUCAGUGGAUACGUUUGAGUGGCACGGUGGAGCCAUGAAGCUGGAGACGAGGAAAAGCUGCCUGGCCACGGUCCACGCAGCUGGCAAGUGCACCCAGGAGCCUGUCAACAAUGGCAUGGGCGAGCCCGGCUGCCCCGAUCUGAGUACAACGCUUAAAGCCAAAGUCACCAAGCAGAGCUCCAGGGAGAGCCUGCAGCGGAAAAACACAGAGUGCGAAGUGUAUGACGACGGGACAAACACGUUUUUCUGGCGGGCCCACACCGUCACUGUUUUGUUCAUCCUGACAUGCGCUCUGGUAUAUGUCACGCUGCUGGAGGAGACACCGCAGGACACGGCCUUCAACACAAAGAGGGGGAUUGUGGCAAGCAUCCUGGUGUUCCUUUGUUUUGGGGUCACACAAGCAAAAGAUGGACCCUUCACUCGACCACAUCCAGCGUAUUGGCGCUUCUGGCUCUGUGUGACUGUCGUCUAUGAGCUCUUCCUCAUCUUCAUACUCUUUCAGACUGUGCAUGACGGGCGACAGUUCAUGAAGUACAUCGACCCCAAACUGGGGGUGCCCCUCCCCGAACGCGACUAUGGCGGAAACUGCCUCCUCUACGAUCCCGGCAAUGCCACUGAUCCCUUCCACAACGUUUGGGACAAGAUGGACGGCUUUGUUCCAGCUCACUUCCUGGGGUGGUAUAUAAAGACUCUGAUGAUUCGGGACUGGUGGAUGUGUAUGAUCAUCAGCGUCAUGUUUGAGUUCCUGGAGUACAGUCUGGAGCACCAGCUGCCCAACUUUUCCGAAUGCUGGUGGGACCACUGGAUCAUGGAUGUGUUGCUGUGCAAUGGUCUGGGCAUCUACUGUGGGAUGAAGACGCUGGCGUGGCUGUCCAUGAAGCCGUAUCAGUGGCAGGGUCUGUGGAACAUUCCCACUUACAAGGGCAAGAUAAAGCGAAUCGCCUUCCAGUUCACGCCAUACAGCUGGGUGAAGUUUGAGUGGAAACCCGCGUCCAACCUUCGCCGCUGGCUCGCCGUGUUAGGGAUCAUAUUCAUGUUCCUGCUGGCUGAGUUGAACACCUUCUACCUGAAGUUUGUGCUCUGGAUGCCGCCGGAACAUUACCUGGUGCUGCUGCGACUGGUGUUUUUUGUCAACGUGGGGGGCGUGGCCAUGAGGGAGAUCUACGACUUCAUGGACGACCCGAAAUUCCACAAGAAGCUCGGCCAACAGGCGUGGCUGGUGGCGGCCAUCACCGUGACGGAGUUCCUCAUCGUGCUCAAGUACGACCCCAACACCAUUAUGCUGCCGAUUCCCUUCUUCAUCACGCAGUGCUGGUUACUGGGCAUCCUCGUCAUCCUCAUUUGGACUCUGUGGCGCUUCUUCAUCCGUGACAUCACCCUCCGCUACAAGGAGACGCGGCGCCGCAAGCAGGAGGACCCCAUCGACCGCGAGCGACCCCUGGGCAACGGCGCCCCUUCGGGCCGCAGCAAACUCAACGACAGCUCUGACGUCCUGCGCCACAGGAAGUGCUGAGUGAGGGCGAGAGAAGACGAAAUCAACUGUGACACGAAGACUGACGCGGCUGCCUUUUCCGGGGGAAAAGCGUGGUGGCCAUUUCGAUUGGAGGCUAGGGUUUUUUGUUGUAUUUUAAGCCCAUUGCUGAGUCAUACGUGGAACUUUUGUUAUUUAUACGCAACAUUUUGGGACGUUGACUUGAUGAAGAUGGAGGAAAAAGAGACCAAACAUUAGACGGUCACCAGGUCCCACAAUGCAUCACUCCGAACCACAGUGCUACAAACCGUGCUAAGCGCUAUCAAUGGAACUAAACGGACCGCGAAUGAAAGUCAGGAACGCACACGUGUCGUGUCUAGAACAUGUUUGUGUCCAUCACUAUGCUUUUACAUUGGCGUCCGUAGCAAGCCACAGUAACACACCCAACAUUUUUGGAGCCAGGGCACAUAGAUUGUGUUCUCUAACACGGAGCUGAAUGGAGAGACUGAAAGAGGCACGGGCAUAAAAGUGGACGUCCUGGGAAAUUACAAAAAAAUAAAGCACCCGUUUAUGAAUUUUGCUAUUUAGGUCCUUGUUAGAGGACAGCAAAUUAUGCAAAAAGUACGGAAACAUUGAACAGUUGGACUUGUUCAUUAAAAACUUUAGAGGGCAAAUUAAGUUCACCUGUAAAAAAGAAAAAAAAAAUCUAAAUCCAAAUAUCCCCCACCUUUUUGUAAAUGGUGCAUUUGAGCCACAAGAGCGGCCUGACUAAAUUUUUGACCCCCCAAGUUAAGUGCAGAAAUGAAUUGAGAAAAGGCAUCUUUCAGAUGAAUACUGGUCUGAAUCUAGGUUUAGUUCCACUUUUAACAUGUAGACACGAGUGCAACAACGGAGUGUCUACAUGUCUUUAUUUUCGCUUGGGUGUCAGUGAAUCGACACAUUAGUAGUAAGUGAAUGUUAUUUCUCGUCUCAUUAAAUAUUGAUAGAUUUGACGGAUGUUUGUACUUGGACCACUGUUACGCUAAAUAACAGCUGUUGGGUGGAGCCCACAAAACUUAAAAAUCACUCUUUCAAAAUGACAAAAAAAAUGGUAAAACCACUAGUUCUCAGUGGCUCAGUUUAAACAAGGGAAACAAACUUGUGACAGGAGUUAACCCACUGUAGUCCUCAGUGGGCUCACGUUACAUUAGAAAAAUCUUGACAGGACUUAAACCACUGUAGUCCUCAGUGGGCACGCAUUACAUUAGAGAAAUCUUGCGACAGUAGUUAACCCACUGCAGUCCUCAGUGGGCUCAAGUACCAUUAGAAAAAUCUUGGCGGGAGUUAACCCACUGUAGUCCUCAGUGGGCUCCCGCUACAUAAGAAAAAUCUUGCAACAGGAGUUAAACCAGUAUAGUCCUUAGUGGCUCUGUUUCACUAGAAAAAAUCUUGUGACAGGAGUAAGCUCACUAUGGUUCUUUAUUGCUAAUUUUCCAUUAAUAGACUCAAGGCGGGCGUAAGACCACUAUUUCUCACCAGCUCAUAAAACUAAGGAAAAAAAAAUAUGACAGAAGUUAGCCCAUUCUAGUUCUAAGUGGCUCGUUUUACAUUCGGAAAAUUUCAUGACACACCACUGAACAAAACUUUCAUAAAAAGUAUAUCCACUGAAACAAUGAUGGUCUCGUCUCAAUUUACUUCUGCAUUGUGUGCGUGCCCUUCUGUUAUAUGAACGGCAAUGGGUGCAUACAGUUUGUGGACCUUCUCCCCCCCCUCGUGGAAGAGUUUUUGUUCUGCCUCUGACUGGCAUGCAUAGGUGAACAAAACAUUAUUUGUAGUUCUAAAAUGAAAAAUUAUGUGAAAUUUGAUUAUAUUCUGUGACGUCAUAAUGUUGGGAAUCACUGGUAUAAAGUAACACUCCAACUCUGUUCACAACACUCAAAAGUCCUUCAAUCCCAGUUCAGGUUCUUCAUCCAAAAACUCGUCAGGCUGGACUAAAACAAGAAAAAAGUUAAGUUUAAAAAAAUAAAUAAAAGAGUGUAUUCUCAGCAGUAACUACUGAUAUUGUUAAAUGUAAGGCUAGUUUGUAUUGCGUCUUUUAGGGCCAAUAUACAUUUCCAACACUAGAUUGUAUAGUGGUUAAGUAUCAUCGUGACAAUCACACUCUGUUCAGCAGUUGUGGAAGCUUGCUUUAAACUUAAAACAAAAACAAAGAAAUAUGAUUUUUUUUAUUAUUCUUAUUUAUUAUUAUGAACUUUUUCCAUCAGGGGUUGUUUCAAUUUUCUGAAGGUUUCUGAGGGCCAUGCUAAGUUGAUAAAGAAAUGGAAAUGCUCAUUAUAAAUUAGGAGCAUUAGGGGAGGCUUUUGCUUUUCUAACAGGUGUCCUGAGGUUUUUUUUUGUUGCCGAGUUUAAUGUUAGGCAGGGUGGAAUGUGCUUCUCAAGUGCUCAACUUGAUCACAAAGGUGUCCUGUUACUUGAAUGAACAAUUCAUUAUCUGAUCUGUUUAAAGACCAAAAGCUUGGAGAUCUUUUGUUGCUGAAGCCAUAAAACACAUUUGGACUUUUAAAACACAAAAUCAUUUUUGCACCUUAUUUAACUCAUUUUUAUUUGUGAUUACAUUCCAUAGUUGUCUUAGUUCUACAUGGUUGUUUUUUUUCCACUCAACCACAGAACUUGCAAUACGUUUUUUUAAAAUAAAUUAUUCAUUUCAGUACUUUCUGUUCAGUUGUUAGUUUGGAUUUAUUUAAGACAUAAAAGUUGUAUAUAAAAAAAAAAAAAAAUCCAUAUAUAAAAACCCAAACAAGUUAAAAGUCAUUUCUGCUUUGGUUUGUCUCCAUUGGUAUCCUGGUCCAAGGUCAUAAAUAACCUGAGAUGCUGCUGUACCAGCAAAUUGUUUUCUAUAUAAAAAGAAAUAUACACCACCUCAUAGCUGGACGACUAUUUUAUUUUGUAUGUCAAUAAAAGCAAUACCUUGA